AUGCAGGGCAGUCCGGAGGAGAGCAUGCUCUCCAGUGCCACUCCAGUGUGCCUUCUCUUCCUGGCUCUGUCUCAGUACAGCUACAGGGUACAUCUAGGGAUACCUCUUUGGCCUGCUCUCACCACAGCCACCUUCAACAAUCCCAUGAGCCAGAGUCCAAACCAGAGAACGGUUCCAAGUCUUUCUGCUACUGUAAAUUAUACUGAUCCUACAUUAGAGCCUGUAGUAACUGAAAAUUCAGUCAUACGACAGAAGAUAAUAGAUUCACAGUUCAAAUGCUAUGAGAGGAUGAACAGAGCUCCUCCGUAUAAGAAAAAAGGUCUGUUCUGCAACCGAACGUGGGAUGGCUGGUUGUGCUGGGACGACACGCCUGCUGGAAGAAUCACUGCUCAGAAUUGUCCGGAUUAUUUUCCAGACUUUGAUCCAACUGAGAGGGCUUCAAAAUACUGUGAUGAAACUGGAAACUGGUUCCGCCAUCCUGAAAGCAACCGAACUUGGUCCAACUAUACCCUGUGCAACUCUUUCACCUCUGAAAAAUUGAAGAUGGCGUUCAUACUUUAUUAUAUGGCGAUCGUUGGCCAUGCUUUGUCUAUAACAUCCCUGUUGAUUUCCUUGGCAAUUUUCUUCUAUUUCAAGAGCCUCAGCUGUCAAAGGAUAACACUGCAUAAGAAUUUGUUUUUUUCUUACGUGCUGAACUCCAUGUUUACAAUUGCCCACCUCAUUGCUGUUGUGCCUAACCCUGGCCUUGUAAAAAGGGAUCCUGUAAGCUGCAAAGUGCUGCAAUUCUUUCAUCAGUACAUGUUGGGCUGCAACUACUUCUGGAUGCUCUGCGAAGGCAUUUAUCUUCACACGUUGAUUGUGGUGGCAGUGUUUGCUGAAGAGCAGCGUUUGCACUGGUAUUACCUCUUGGGCUGGGGGUUCCCUUUAGUGCCAGCAUCUAUUCAUGCUGUUGCAAGAGCCAGAUACUUCAAUGACAACUGCUGGAUGAGUGUUGACACGCACUUGCUCUAUAUUGUUCACGGACCUGUAAUGGCAGCUUUAUUGGUCAAUUUUUUCUUUUUGCUUAACAUUGUCCGAGUUUUGGUGACAAAACUAAGAGAUACCCAUCGUGCUGAGUCCAACAUGUAUAUGAAAGCUGUCAGAGCCACUUUAAUCCUGGUGCCCUUACUAGGAAUUCAGUUUGUUAUUAUUCCCUGGAGACCAGAAAACCGACUUGCUGGAGAAAUAUAUGAUUACAUCAUGCAUAUAUUAAUGCAUUACCAGGGGUUACUUGUGGCAACUAUAUUCUGCUUCUUCAAUGGUGAGGUACAAGGAGCUUUGAAGAGGCAAUGGACACAGUACAAAACCCAGUGGGGCCAAAGACGCCGAGAACACUGUUCCACGCGAUCUACCUCCUACACUGCAACGUCAAUCACAGAGGUCCCCGUUUACCUGUACCAUCAUGAUUCCAACAAUGAACAGUUAAAUGGAAGAUACGUGGAGGACUCUGAACUUGUUGCAUUAAAAUCUGGAGAGACAUCUGCUUAG